AUGGUACUGGCGCUGGCAAUGGACCCAGCACUGGCACUGGCACUGGCACUGGAUCCAACACCGGCACUGGCACUGGCAGCCAACAACACUGGCACUGGCACUGGACCCAACACUGGCACUGGCACUGGACCCAACACUGGCACUGGCUCUGGCAAUGGACCCAACACUGGUACUGGCACCAAUAAUGGUACUGGACCCAGGACUGGCUCAGGCACUGGCACCAACAAUGGUACUGGACCCAACACUGGCACUGGCACUGGCACUGGCACUGGACCCAGGACUGGCUCUGGCUCAGGCACAGGCACUGGCGUUGGCACAAGCACUGGAACUGGCAAUGGCCCCAGCAUUGGCACUGGACCCAGCACUGGCACUGUGACUGGCACCGGCACUGGACCCAGCACUAGCACCUGCCCAGACUCUGGCACUUGCCCCAGGACUGGCUCUGGCUCUGGCUCUGGCACUGGAACAAGCAAUGGCCCCAGCAUUGGCACUGUAAUAAGCACUGGCACUGGACCCAGCAUUGGCACUUGCCCUUGCACUGGACCAAGCACUGGCACUUGCUCCGGCACUGGACCAAGCACUGGCACAGCCCACAGAUGCAGGUACUAG